AUGAGGAUCUUGAGCUGGACAGCACUGAUUGAAGACUACCUCCCAAAACUUUCGGCCAAUCAGAUUGCAGCCACACCCGUCCCCCGCGCCUCCUCCCCCUUUGGCCCCGCCCCCUUCUCUGUAGCAUUCUUUGCGAGAGGUGGGCCGCUUUGCCGGCUUCAGUCGAUCUGGGCCAAGGUUGGCGGUCUGGAGCCUGUUCAACUAGACACCAAUAGACUGGACCAUACUGGUUUUGAGAGCAAAAGCAGCAACAGCAGAGGACCCUCGCAGUCUGAUGGGGGCCCCCCCCACGACAGAGGUUGCAGAAGGCUGGUUCCCACUGAAGAGGAGCUGAAUAAAUCUGAGAAAGGAGGCGAAAGCUCAGUCCCCGCGGAUCCCUCUGGGCCCGCAGAGCCAGUGUCUCCUGACCCUGGGCAGCGUUCCUCAUCUGCGUGCCAGACUGCAGCUCUUGGGCCUUCACUCUGGACCACGACACACUGGAGAGACUUUGCUUAUGCAUCUAAACAGAAAUCGCAGAGCCCGCUCUUCCAUCUGAAGCUUGCCAUGGAGCAGCUGGCGGCCACAUCAGACGUUUUCGCUGCAUACUUGCAACUGUCUUUACCCACAAAUCCUCUGAUCUGUACAACCGACAUCACUGCUGUCACAAAAGCCAGCAAGUGUGACUACACACAAGUGCAGCUGAACCUCUCGCAGCUUGAAUCGCUUUGCAAAGCAUGCUGGGAUCAACUCCGACUACUUGAGAAGGAUGGGAAGAAGAAGAAAUGUGGAGGAAGAAAAGAGGAAGCUGGUGAAGAGGCAGCGCUCCAUCAGAGGCUUACACAGUUCCUGAAGGACUGUGAGGAGAGACUGAAGGUGCUCCGAGCCGUUCACCGCAGAGUCAUCAACAGAUUCCACUCGUUCCUGCUGUUCCUGGGUUAUUCGCGUACCAUGGUGAGAGAGACGAGUGCGGAGGUGUUUUGUAAGACGGUCAGUGACUUCGCUCUCGAGUACAGAGCCACUCGCACUGCUGUGCUUCAACAGAAGGAGAGAGAGAAGGAGAAGCACAGCCGAAACACACCAAAACUCAAAACCAGGCUGCAACAAAGCCCAUCUGAUGAGAAUCAGGAGCAGGUGAAACUUGAAGAGGUUUUGAAGACUCCUGAAUCAUCGUCGUCGUCGCCUUUCCCCUUUGACUUCACUCUUCCACGACAACGCAGCAAGACGAGCGACAAGAAAGGUUGUCCCUCCCGAAAGCUGAAGUGGUGAUCUCCAGUCCUUAUUUACUCUGAAAGUGUAGCUCAUUGUUGACAUGUCAGCUUGUUAACUUUGAUUAUGGAAGUAAAACUUGAAAUAACAUUUUUAUUUUAUUUUUUUUCAAUUGUUGGUAAGUUAGCAACUGUCACAAAUAUCGGUAACUUUUAGGUUUUGAGUCAAAAGCAGUGUUUUUGCAUGCUGAAUUGUUGCUGUUCAUCAUUGUUUUAAUGCUUAAUGUUUGCUGAAAAACCCUUUAAGUUUUCAUCAUGACAACUAACCCCAUAUAUUGUGACAACAUCACAAUGCAUGACUUGCUUACUUUGUGUUUUACAUUACAUUAACGGUACCGUUACAUAAACUACAAUAAACUGUUAACAGUUUAGCAUUCUUCUUGCCAUAAUUUCCUGUAGUGUUGUAGAAUUUUCAAAUAAAC